AUGGCAUCUUCUUCUAAUAACAUUGAAGAAAAGAUGGAUGAGUAUUUUGAUCAAACACUCAACAAUUAUUUUGAUCAAGCAAUUCAGAAUCGUUUUGAUCAAGCAAUGAAUCCGUUGGAACCCGAGAAGAAGAAACGAGUCCACAUGGAAAGAAAACGUGAAGAGGGUCACCAACGCUUAUGGGAUGACUAUUUCCGUGAAGAUGCAACAUAUCCUCCUCAAAUAUUUCGUCGCCGUUUUAGAAUGAACAAACCCUUGUUCAUGCGUAUUGUCGAACGACUCUCAACAGAAGUUCCAUACUUUGAACAAAGAAGAAAUGGUCACGGAAGGCUAGGUCUCUCUGCAAUACAAAAGUGUACAACAGCAAUUCGUAUGAUGGUGUAUGGUUCUGCAGCGGAUGCGUUUGACGAAUACCUCCGUCUUGCUGAAAGCACUGCUAUGUUAUGUUUGGAAAAAUUCGCGGCUGCACCACUUGUCCCCAUCAUCCGGGAGAAUCUCAACCUCACCAAACAAGACAUUGGAAACGCCGGAGUUGCCUCCGUUUCCGGGAGUAUCUUCUCUAGGCUGGUUAUGGGAGCCGUGUGUGAUCUUUUGGGUCCACGUUACGGCUGUGCCUUCCUUGUGAUGUUGUCCGCACCUACGGUGUUCUCCAUGAGCUUCGUGAGUGGAGCCGCAGGCUUCAUAACUGUCAGGUUCAUGAUUGGAUUUUGCCUGGCGACGUUUGUGUCUUGUCAAUACUGGAUGAGCACUAUGUUUAACAGUCAGAUCAUCGGUCUGGUUAACGGGACAGCCGCCGGAUGGGGAAACAUGGGCGGCGGCAUAACGCAGUUGCUCAUGCCCAUUGUCUAUGAAAUUAUUAGGCGUGCCGGUGCAUCAGCGUUCACGGCCUGGAGGAUCGCCUUCUUUGUUCCCGGUUGGUUACACAUCAUCAUGGGAAUCUUGGUGCUCACGCUAGGUCAAGAUCUGCCAGAUGGUAACCGAGCUGCCUUGGAGAAAUCGGGGGAAGUUGCAAAAGACAAAUUCGGAAAGAUUAUGUGGUAUGCCGUUACAAACUACAGGACUUGGAUCUUCGUUCUUCUCUAUGGAUAUUCCAUGGGAGUUGAGUUGAGCACUGAUAAUGUUAUAGCCGAAUACUUCUUUGACAGGUUUCACUUGAAACUUCACACAGCCGGGCUCAUAGCAGCAUGUUUCGGAAUGGCCAAUUUCUUUGCUCGUCCAGCAGGAGGAUGGGCAUCUGACUUUUCAGCCAAGUACUUCGGGAUGAGAGGGAGGUUGUGGACGUUGUGGAUCAUUCAGACGGCUGGUGGUCUCUUCUGUGUAUGGCUUGGCCGCGCCAACACCCUCGUAACUGCAGUUGUAGCUAUGGUCCUAUUCUCUUUAGGAGCACAAGCCGCUUGCGGAGCCACCUUUGCAAUCGUGCCCUUUGUCUCCCGGAGAGCUCUAGGCAUAAUCUCGGGAUUAACCGGGGCUGGGGGAAACUUUGGAUCAGGGCUCACACAGCUCAUCUUCUUCUCGACCUCACAUUUCACAACUGAAGAAGGGCUGACGUGGAUGGGAGUGAUGAUAGUUGCUUGCACUUCGUGA